UGAUCCAUAGACUGUGGGUUGAUGUCUGUCUGGAUUCACCGGCCCGUGAUCAGCACCGUUAGUCAGACAGACCCUCUGCUUAGCUGUGGGCAGGUCGAUGGAGACCCACAACUGGUGACAGCCUCGUAUAUUUUAUACUCUUCAACCACUCGGAUAGAGAUGUCCACACAGGGUUACGCCAAUCCGAACUCGUCCGUGAAUAAUUACAGCAUGAAUUCCACACAAAACGGAGGCGGAGCGGCGGCGACAGCAGCGCCCUGUCAGAACGGUCCGGGACAGACAUACCCUGCUAUGUAUCCAGCAUCCAGUUACUAUAGUUCUGCUCUGCCCGCGGCGGGACACAGCGCUCCUCCCGCCGGCAAAACCCCAGUUUCGAGCACAGGGUAUAGUGGGAACUACUACCAGAACAGCUCAGGGCCGUCACCAUGUCCAGCACCACCAAGAACGCAUCAGUACUCCACCUCAAACGCCCCGGUACAGUCAUUCCAGCAGACUGCACCAUAUGCUAUGCCAGCCGGAUAUUACAGACAGACAUAUAGUCACCCCUCACAGGGGCAGACUCAGCCCCAACCUCAGCAGCUGCAGCCCAGCUUGGUGCCAGCAUCCAGUGGCAACAACCUCGACGCCCCGCUGUACCCCAUUGUUUCUUACCCAUCAACCCCUGGGAGCAGCCAGUACGGCACGCUGAGAUCCUCCCAAACCACCGCUGAGCAGCUACCCGUUUCUACAGUAAUGCCACCGACCCAGAGUUCUUUGCAACAGUAUUCUCAAGGGAUCGGGACCACGCCCACACCAGCUCACCUGGGCUAUGGAGCUCCGCCUCUCAGCCAAACAGCCACUGUCAACGGCCAAUCAAAUGCAGUUCAACAACACUAUGACCAAAACCUCCACAAUCCCAUGAGCCAUCAUUACGCCGCAGCCCCUCCCAUCUCACAGGGCCCUGAUAAAGAGAGGCCACCCUCAGGAACGCCAGGCACCUCUGUGCAUUCCUCACCACGACACCAUCCAGGGCUGCUUUACGGUGACCGUGGGGUGAAUAGCGCUGUUAGCUCGGCCACGGGCGAUCACUCCUCAUCCAGUUCUGACCAUGAAGAAGAGGAUGAGGAGGAUGAAGAAGCAGGUCUGCUUUCGCUUUUUCAUUCUUCCACUCACCAGUUACCAGUCAUCACCUCUAACACUAUAGUUCGUUGUCGUUCAUGUCGGACAUAUAUAAACCCUUUUGUUUCGUUUCUGGAUCAGCGCAGGUGGAAGUGUAAUCUGUGUUACAGAGUCAAUGAUGUCCCUGAUGAGUUUAUGUAUAAUCCUGUAACUCGUUCAUACGGUGAGCCUCACAAGAGACCAGAGGUCCAGAAUUCAACUGUGGAGUUCAUCGCUUCCUCUGAUUACAUGCUUCGUCCUCCUCAGCCUGCUGUGUACCUGUUCGUGUUGGAUGUGUCUCAUAAUGCUGUGGAGUCGGGCUACUUGAAUGUGUUUUGCCAGUCAUUGCUGGACAACCUAGAAAAGUUGCCCGGAGAUACUCGUACACGCAUCGGGUUUGUGACGUUUGACAGCACCGUCCACUUUUAUAACCUGCAGGAGGGUCUUUCUCAGCCUCAGAUGCUGGUGGUGUCUGAUAUUGAUGAUGUCUUCAUCCCAACUCACGACAAUCUGCUGGUGAAUCUCAAAGAGAGUAAAGAGCUGGUGAAGGACCUGCUGAACGCGCUGCCGGGGAUGUUCACGCACACGCGUGAGACUCAGAGCGCUCUGGGUCCGGCUCUGCAGGUGGCGUAUAAACUCAUGUGCCCAACAGGAGGCCGGGUGUCUGUGUUUCAGACCCAGCUGCCCACCCUCGGCGCUGGACUCCUGCAGUCACGGGAAGACCCCAACCUCAGAUCCAGCACCAAGAAUGUCCAGCACUUGGGUCCUGCUACAGACUUUUACAAGAAACUGGCUCUGGACUGUUCUGGACAGCAGAUCGGAGUGGAUCUGUUCUUACUGAGCUCCCAGUACUCAGACCUGGCUUCUUUAGCAUGUGUGUCCAAAUACUCAGCCGGCAGUGUCUUUUACUACCCGUCCUUCCAUCAUGUUCACAAUACCGUGCAGAGCCAGAAAUUCCAGAAAGAUCUGCAGCGAUACCUCACCAGAAAGAUCGGAUUUGAAGCCGUCAUGAGGAUCAGAUGCACCAAAGGCUUGUCCAUCCACACUUUCCAUGGCAACUUCUUUGUGCGCUCUACUGAUUUGCUCUCUUUGGCCAACGUGAACCCGGACUCUGGCUUCGCUGUGCAGAUGUCCAUCGAGGAGAGUUUAGCUGAUACGUCACUUGCUUGUUUUCAGGCAGCUCUUCUUUACACAUCAAGCAAAGGGAAACGUCGAAUCCGAGUGCACACUCUGUGUCUGCCGGUGGUCAGUCAGUUGAGUGGAGUGUUUGCUGGAGCCGAUAUCCAGGCCAUCACAUGCCUGCUGGCCAACAUGGCUAUCGAUCGCUCCAUCUGCUCCAGUCUGUCUGACGCGAGAGACGCAUUAGUUAAUGCCGUGGUGGAUUGUUUAAUGGCAUAUCGCGCUAACGGCUCAAACAUCCAGCCCUCCGGCCUGAUCACCCCUGCCGCCCUGCGUCUCUUCCCUCUAUAUGUACUUGCUCUGCUCAAACAGGUGGGGGCGCUGUAUGCAUAUACGCCACCAGAGGUUCACCUACUAACCACAUCUCAAGCUGCACUGCAUCUGAAUGACUCUGUGAUUCCUCAGCCUCCCUUACUGCAGCUCACUGCAGAGAAACUCACUAGAGAGGGAGCCUUCCUCAUGGACUGUGGCAGCGUGAUGUUUUUGUGGGUGGGGAAGUGCUGUAACGAGACAUUCAUACGGGACGUGUUGGGCUACCCCAAUUAUGCAUCCUUACCCUCCAACAUGACUGAGAUCCCUGAGCUGCAGACGAUGUAUUCAGAGCGAACUCGAGCGUUCAUUUCUUGGCUGCUGGAGUCUAGAACCUUCCAUCCUGCUUUUCAUGUGGUCAAGGACGACACCUCGGCCAAGACCAGCUUUUUCCAGCACCUCGUGGAGGACCGCACUGAAUCUGCCUUCUCUUAUUACGAGUUCUUGCUUCACAUUCAGCAACAGAUGUCGAAGUAGAAUGGAAGAACCCCAUAGAACCAGCCCCAGGUUUAAGGCUAUAGCUUCUGUUCUGCGGCUCAACUUUAGCAAGGGAGCUCUUUGAUUGGACCGCAGAGACACGCCCCCUGGCCCCACUGGCCAAUCACAGCCUGUGGCCUGUCUGGGGGCGGAGUGUUUAAAGACAAUUAAGGAUAAAAGAAGUUAAAAAGUCAGUGAUUAAUGGAUUAUGGCAAAAAAAGAGAGCACAGAGGACAAAUAUGAAAUAAUAAGUGGAAUUGACUUGCACAUAGAGACACUGAACAAGCUGUUUUCAAUCAUUCCCAUCUGCUUACUCCUCCUUCAUAUUUAGCCAUCAACAUGAGUAGCCAGACGCAGCGAAAAACAUUUUCUGUAUUCAUUUUCCUGUAUGUUUCACACUGAAUUAUUGUGUUUGUUUCCAUUGUCAGAAUCAUUGUAAGCAUGUAUUUGGGUUUUUUAAUACAAGCAAAACUCAGAGCUCUUUGUUGCGUAUUAUUAAUCACUCCAAAACAUCCACUCAUACACACUUUGUACUGUUUUAUGUUUUCUUUAUUGUUCCCCUCCUGUCUCUUCCCUCUCCCAAUGCCUCCUCUCCUUAUGUAAUGUGACUUGUGAAACCGAGUCCGUCGUGAUGGUGUAAUAAUUCAUCUGUCUUCAUCCAGCAUGGACUCAACAGUGGCUGCUCGUCUUCUCAACAUCAGCUGCUUGAAACCGUUUAAUGAAGCUACGACGUCCCUCGCUGACAAUGCAUUGUUUUCUUUGAGAAAACCGAUCAAAUGUUGCUAUCCACUUUGUAACUCAACACAAAAAAAUAUUUUAAUGUGCUAUAAUUUAUGACAAGCAUAUUGAAUAAAAUGAAAUGACAAUUCUA